AAUGGUCCCUCCGGCCCUGGAGGUCGUCGCUUUCACAUCGCACACAGACGUAGUCCUUCUGAGCUCACUCCUUUGAUGAGUACGUCGUCCCCAUAUCCUGGCGUUUCGACCCCACCGUGCUCGUCUGUCGGGAUUGCUUUGCUAACAUUAAUACAGNUGGAGCAACUCGCUCUCGCCCAGCAGAUCGAACUCCUUCAGCAGCAACAGCAGCAGAUUGCUGCAACGCACCAACAGUACGUUAACCUGGGCAUGAUCCAACCCCAGCAGCAGCUCCCCAAUCAAGCCUUCGCCCAGAUGCAAGGCCAGAUGCCCAACAACAAUGCUUUCCAUCCGCCAUGCCCNACUAUGACCAUGGGCCCUCCACCGGCUCCAUCCGCCGGCUCUGGUGCAUUUGGCGAGUUCAGUUUCCCUGGUGCCAAAUCUGAAAACANNCCUCGUAACAGUGGUUCGGUUAGUGGUGGUAGCGGUCACAGCAGAAGACACUCGCUUGCCCUGCCUGAGGCAAAGAAGGCUGCCGAGAUUGCUGAGCAGAAACGCAAGCAGUCAGGCUUCCAAUUCCCCAUCCCCGGUGCUGCCGGUGCCACACCCGACCGUUCCGUGAGCCCCGGUAACGCCAACAAUGACAUGCCUCCCCCUGCUAACAACUUCUCUGCACGCAAUUCUGGCCGUGGCGGACACGGACGCAGUCAGAGUCUUGCUGUUGGCAACCAGAGAAACCAGCGCGGUGGUCCCGCUUUCCAGUUCCCGCCUCCUGCCGAGAUUAACAAUGCUCCUGAGCGCCGUGGCAGCCAGGGACAUGGAAGAACUCAAUCGCGUAACUUCGAUGGCAACUGGCGCCAGCAACAACCCACGAUCCAGGAACAGCAUGCUACCAACAUGGGUAACUUCCAGAUGAACCAGCAUGCUGGAGCCCAGCCAUUCCAGCCGGGUCACCGCCAGCGCGGCUCUGUCAACAGCCAAUCGAUCAGUUCGAUCAGCAACUUCCAGUUCCCUCAGCAGCCGCAGCUCGUUCAGCUCCNNCCUCAGGGCCAGGUCCUCAUGCAGCCGAACAUAAGUGACGCCUAUGUCACCACUAAUGACCUCGACGCCGACAUCUUCAUCUGUGGUAGCAAGGACCGUAACCGUGCUUUGGAGGGUGAUCUCGUUGCUGUUGAGCUUCUUGACGUCGAUGAAGUCUGGGGUCAAAAGCGCGAGAAGGAAGAAAAGAAGAAGCGUAAGGACAUGACCGAUAGCCGCGGUACGUCCAUGACCGCUGUCAACGACGCCACCACUCAGCCAGAAUCCUCUGCUGCUGAGGGAGGUAUUCGCAGACGUGGUAGCUUGAAGCAGCGUCCCACUCAGAAGAAGAACGACGAUGUUGAGGUCGAAGGUCAGAGCUUGCUCCUUAUGGAGGAGGAUGAAAUCAACGACGAGCAGAAGCCUCUUUACGCCGGUCAUAUUGUGGCCGUCAUCGAGCGCGUUGCCGGUCAGAUGUUUUCUGGUACUCUUGGUCUUCUCCGUCCCAGCAGUCAAGCCACCAAGGAAAGACAGGAGGCUGAGCGCCAAGGUCGCGAUGGUGGAAACCAACGCAACCAACCCGAUAGACAGCAGGACAGACCCAAGAUCGUCUGGUUCAAGCCCACUGACAAGCGUGUGCCGCUGAUCGCCAUCCCUACCGAGCAGGCACCCAAGGACUUCGUUGAGAAGCACCAGGACUACGCCAACAAGAUCUUCGUCGCUUGCAUCAAGCGCUGGCCCAUCACCUCUUUGCACCCCUUCGGUACCCUUGUUGAGCAGCUUGGCGAUGCCGGUGAUCUUAAGGUGGAGACCGACGCCCUUCUGCGUGACAACAACUUUGGUCCCGAUGACUUCUCCGAUGCUGUCCUUAAGAACGUCGGCUUUGAAGACUGGUCUGUGGCCAAGGAUGGCGAGGCCGCUUUGGAGUCUCGUCGCGACUUCCGUAACGAGCAAACCUUCACCAUCGACCCCAAUGGAAGCGAGGAACUCGACGACGCAAUUCACUUCAAGACUCUUAGCGAUGGUCAUGUUGAGAUUGGUGUCCACGUUGCUGACGUCUCACACUUCGUCAAGCCUUCAUCCAUGGUUGAUCGUGAGGCCAAAAAGCGCGGUAGCGGUGUCUAUCUGAUGAACCUCGACAGCAUCGUUAACGGACAAGGAAACUCUGGGCUCGACAAUGAACGCGCUAGCCAGAUCGAAAUGCUCCACAGCAUCUCUCAGAAGCUUCGUCAAGCCAGAUUUGGUGACGGUACCACCAACAACCAACCCCUUCGCUUGAUCUACCAACUCGACGACGAAAACGUGCCUGUUGAGCACAACAUCUUUGAUUCUUCGCCCGCUCACGAGCUGAUCGAAGAAUUGAGCCACAAGACCAACUCGUUUGUUGCUCAAAAGAUCUUUGCCGGCUUGCCCGAGAAGGCUCUGCUGCGCAAGCAGGCACCCNCUAACCCUCGCCGCUUGGUAACCUUGAGCGAGCGUAUGGCCAACAUUGGUGUCGAUGUGGACACUUCCAGCAGUGGCGCUCUUCAGAACAGUCUCUUCCAGAUCGAAGAUGCUGAUGUCCGCAAGGGUGUUGAAACUCUUCUGAUCAAGGCCAUGCGUCGUGCGAAGUACUUCAUCCCGUCCAAGGCCCCCGUUGAUCAAUACUCGCAUUACGCACUCAACCUGCCUCUGUACACCCACUUCACUAACCCUUCGCGCCGCUAUGCGGACAUUGUUGUUCACCGCCAGCUUGAGCACGUCCUCACCAACGGUGCUGUAGAGUUCACAGAGGAUGUCGAAGCUUUGGCAAAGACUGCCGAGACUGCAAACACAAAGAAAGACUCUGCUCAUGCUGCACAGGAACAGAGUGUGCAUAUCGAGUCUUGCCGCGCUCUCGACAGAAAGAGUCAGGAACUUGGUGGUGACCUGAUCAGUGAGGGUAUCGUCCUUUGCGUCUACGAAUCAGCCUUUGAUGUCUUGAUCCCCGAAUAUGGCUUCGAGAAGCGUGUCCACUGUGACCAGCUUCCUCUCAAGAAGGCCGAAUUUGACAAGAACAAGCGUCUGCUUGAGCUCUACUGGGAGAAGGGUGUCCCAUCUUCUGCCUUCGUUCCCGAAGACGAGAAGCCCAAGGCUAGCCGAGCUAACAACUGGUCUGCAGCCGCCGCUGCUCGCGACUCUGCUGCUACUCGUGCAAAGGAGGAGGAGACUCAGCGCAAACAGAUGGACACUGCAACAAUCUCUACCGACGACGCCGAUGCUCUCUUCGACGACGAUGACGAUGCUGUUUCCGAGAUUACCGAGCAGACUGCCGGUGUCUCUUUGAACACAGACCGCAACACCCAGAGCAUGCCUCCUUCGCCCACUCGCAACGGCAUCUCUUCUCAGCAGGGUCCUCAACGCACCAAGUCAGACUCCAAGAUCCUACACACCACUCCCGAGGCCAAGCUCAGCAACAAGGAUAAGUACCUGAAGCUGUUCAACCUUCGUGAGUCGGAUGGCAACUACAUCCAAGAUGUUAGAGAGAUGUCGAGAGUGCCAGUCAUCCUUAAGACGGACAUGACCAAGAGCCCGCCAUGCUUGACCAUUAGAUCGCUCAAUCCCUAUGCCCUGUAA